AUUUCCCGAAGUUCGUGUUUGAGUAAGAAAGAACCUGCCAAAGUGCUAGUCCCUUUUUUUUCAACUGCUGAAAAAUCAAGUCAAGCAGUCUAGGGUUUUCCGUCACUGAAAAUGGAGCAAACUUUCAUUAUGAUCAAACCUGAUGGUGUUCAAAGAGGCCUGGUUGGUGAGAUCAUUAGCAGGUUUGAGAAAAAAGGUUUUUUCUUGAAAGGAAUGAAACUUGUGAUUGUCGAUCGUGCUUUUGCUGAGAAGCAUUAUGCGGAUUUAUCUGCAAAGCCUUUCUUCGAUGGCCUAGUUGAGUAUAUCACCUCUGGUCCAGUAGUUGCAAUGAUAUGGGAAGGAAAGAAUGUUGUUACAACUGGUCGCAAAAUUAUUGGAGCCACUAAUCCAUCAGAGUCGGCUCCUGGAACCAUCCGUGGGGAUUUUGCUGUUGAAAUUGGGAGGAAUGUCAUUCAUGGAAGUGAUUCAGUUGAGAGUGCUAGGAAAGAGAUAGCAUUGUGGUUCCCAGAUGGUGCUGAAAACUGGGAGAGCAGCCUUCACCCAUGGAUCUAUGAGUAAGAUAGUUCCAUAGUUGAAUGGCACCUGAUAGCUAUGUUGUCCGAUAAGUGCUGUUUUAUUAAAACUCCUCUUGGCCUAGAUCAUACUUAUCUUGCCUAUUGCAUAUCAUGUCAAUGUGAAGGAACAUUGAGACUUUAUGAAAUAUAGUUUUAUAGCCAACAGCAACGUGAUCUGUUGGUAGAGUGCUAAAGUCAUAGUUCCAAUGAUCAGGAUUUAAAUCCUGGUAACUUCAAAUAAUAAAAAAAAGAAAUAUACUUUUAUACUAUCAAUGUACUGGAUA